AGCCCACAAAUUGAAACCCGGUCAAUAAUACUGAAUAAUGAUUGCAAAAGUGAAGGGUAUUAUAGUACAAGUGAGUGAUCAGUGAUGAAUAGGAAAAAAGGUAACAAUACGUAAGCAGUUGCAGGGGUUGCUUGCAGCAAAUUUGUUCCCGGUACUACCAAAUACCAAUUCACUAACUUUAACAAUCUGCUUUCAAAUUUAAAAACGCAUUAUUCUCUCACACUCUUCAGCAAACCAAAAGGCCGAAACGUCUGAGAUUUUAUAGCAUCACUCAUUCACCUUUAGGUUUCAUCACAAAGGGAGAAGAAAAUGGACCCAGUUGGUAUGGAGAUUUGUGAGAAACAAGAUGAUCCAUCUGCUAUUCUUCAUUUUGCUAGAAGCUACCAGCUUGAGGCAUUGGAGAAAUCUAUGAAGCAAAACACUAUAGUGUUUUUGGAGACUGGGUCAGGCAAGACUUUGAUUGCUGUCAUGCUUCUUCGUAGUUACGCGCACCUCAUUCGUCGUCCUAAGCAGUCUUCUAUUGCUGUCUUUCUAGUUCCAACAGUUGUGUUGGUUACUCAACAAGCAGAUGUAAUUGAGACGCACACUGAUUUGAAAGUUGGCAAAUACUGGGGAGAGAUGGGUGUUGAUUAUUGGGAUGCUGCUACUUGGCAGAAACAGCUGGAAGAACAUGAGGUCCUUGUGAUGACACCAAAGAUUUUGCUCGAUGCACUUAGCCAUACGUACAUUAAAUUGGAGAAGAUUAAAGUACUCAUAUUUGAUGAAUGCCAUAAUGCCAGGGGAAACCAUCCCUAUGCUCGCAUCAUGAAAGAUUUCUAUCAUCGUCACGUGCAUACUAAUGAAGUCCCUAGGAUAUUUGGCAUGACUGCUUCACCUAUAAAAGCAAAAGUCAAUGGUUCUAAGUCUCAUGCUUACUGGAAAGACAUUCAUGCCCUGGAAAACCUCAUGCACUCAAAGGUCUAUACCUGUGCCAGUGAGGCUGUCUUGGCCGAGUAUAUUCCUCUCCCAAUUGUAAAGGCUCAGUUUUACAAUGAGGAUGCGCCAAAUACAUGGCAGAUACAACUGAUCAAUCGGUUGGACAUUUUGAGGGAAAAGUACAUAUCUACUGUCAAAAAUUUAGAUGUCGAAGAAUCUUCGGAACAAUCUCUCUAUAGUAAGUUGAAAAAAUUGUGCAAUACAUUUCGGUUCUGUUUAGAAGAACUUGGUUUUUGGGCAAUAUUGAAGGCUUCAGAAAUAUUGUCUUUUGAUACUGCUGACAUAUUCAAUUGGGGCAUAUUAGACAUUCGAGGGGAGAUGACCAUAAAAGCAUUCAAUUCUGACUUUUUCAAGGAACUAUCUGCCUACAAGUCAUCAGGCUGCAAUUGGUCACUCUCUUUUUUAAAGGCUAAUACAGAUGCCAGGAUAAUUUCUUCAAAGGUAUUGUGCCUAGUGGAAGCUCUUCUUUCUUAUAGGACUAUCAAAGAUCUGCGCUGUAUAAUAUUUGUCGAGCGGGUAAUUAGUGCAAUGGUUCUUGCAAAUAUACUAGAUCAUUUACUUUCUCAAACAUGUGGGUGGAGGGCAAGAUACAUUGCUGGGAAUCAGUCUGCCAUAAAGACCCAAAGUAGAAAAGAUCAGAACAAAAUUGUGGAAGAAUUCCGUAAAGGCGCAAUCAAUAUACUUGUUGCUACCUCCAUUCUAGAGGAAGGUUUGGAUGUGCAAAGUUGCAACUUGGUUGUUCGUUUUGAUCUGUCAGCCAAUGUUUGCAGUUUCAUUCAGUCUAAAGGUCGUGCGAGGAUGAAAGGUUCAGAUUUUCUGUUGAUGAUAAAAAGUGGGGACGAUUCUCAGCUUUCUCGAAUGCACAACUAUUUUUACUCUGGUGAUAUUAUGCGAAAAGAAAGUUUGAGCCAUGCUUCUGUUCCUUGUCAUCCUGUCGAUUUUGAUGAAUUUGAUAAGAUCUUUUAUAGAGUUCCUAGCACAGGAGCAAUUGUAACGCUGAGGUCUAGUAUUAGUUUGAUAUACUUCUACUGCUCGCGUCUUCCUUCUGACGGAUACUUUAAACCAGUUCCUCGUUGCACCAUUGACGAGGUUUCAAAUACUUGUACUCUGCAACUUCCAAACAGUUGUCCUGUGCAAUUAAUUUCUGUUCGAGGGAAUAGAAAAAUUCUUAAGAACUAUGCAUGCCUGGAAGCAUGCAAGAAGUUGCAUGAGUUGGGUGCUUUGACAGAUAGUCUUGUUCCUGAUAUUGUUAUGGAGGAGCGUUUAAUGAAAGAAACUGAGCGCAAACCAUACAAUGUGAACCAAGGAAGAUAUAUCCCAUCAGAAAUAGUGAGCGAUGGUCCUGGACAUUUAUCUGAUGAGUAUCACAGUUACUUAAUAGAGUUAAAGCCAGAUUUUCACAAUGGUAUCCCUGUGCAUGACAUAAUUUUAGUUACUAAAACUGAGCUUGCUUCUGAUGUUGGAAACACAAAUUUUGACAUGGAAGUUGACUGGGGUAACAUGUCUAUAAACGUAAAAUAUAAAGGACGGAUCAAUCUAACUUGUAAACAGGCUGUUCUGUGUAGACAAUUUCAAGUUGUUCUCUUGAAAACUCUUAGAGAUUGGAAUUUUGACGCCUUAGUGAAGUCAUUAAAAGCACUAAAUGAAUGGGAGGAAAAUGAUGAUUGUCACAUUUCAUUUAUUGACUAUCUUCUUCUUCCCUGCCAUUGGAUGCAUCAAAGUUCAUUUGUUGAUUUGGAAUGUAUACAUUCAACAUCCCUUCUGCAUGAUGUUGUUCAAGAUUCCUUACUCAGUAUUUAUAAGCGUAAAUAUUUUGAUAAUGUUCAUGAUGAUUACAUUCACACCAAAAAUGGGAUACUACACCGCAGUGUGUUGGAAAACUGUUUGGUCUGUACACCUCAUAAUGGUUGUUUCUAUUCUGUCUCGGGUUUUUUGGAUGGCAUGGAUGGGAAGUCCCAUUUGAAGUUGAGCGAUAAUCAACAGAAAACAUACACGAGCUACUAUAAAACACGUCACGGUAUUGACCUUCAGCAUGAAAAUCAGACAUUGCUUCGUGGGAGACGAAUUUUCCGAUUGAAGAAUUACCUUCUUAAAUGCAAGCAGAUUAGGGAGAAGGAGUCAAGUGGUGCUUCUGUUGAACUCCCUCCUGAACUAUGUCUUGUUAUCAUGUCACCCUUAUCGAUUGCUACUUUGUAUACUUUCUCGUUUCUUCCUUCGAUUAUGCAUCGAGUUGAAUCUCUACAAAUGAGUGCCAACCUGAGAAGCAUUAUCAAAGAUCACUGCAUGCUAGAUAUUAAUAUCCCAACUAGCCAGAUUCUUGAAGCAAUUACAACCAGCCAAUGCCAAGAAAAAUUUCAUUUGGAAUCUUUAGAGACCCUUGGUGAUUCAUUUUUGAAGUAUGCUGUAUGUCAACAGCUGUUUAAGACGCAUCAAAAUAAUCAUGAGGGGCUCCUUAGUAUAAGAAAAGAGAGGUUGGUUUCAAAUGAUGCACUCUGCCAGCUUGGGAGCGAACGUAAGAUUCCGGGCUUUAUUCGUUGCAAUUCUUUUGAUCCCAAGUAUUGGAUAAUUCCGGGUGACCUCGAUGGGGACUGCAAGCUGGAAAAAGAGGCUAUUUCUAUCACAACUAAAGUCUAUAACGGAGGAAAACGAAAAAUAAAAAGCAAGAGAGUUGCCGAUGUUGUGGAAGCACUCAUUGGUGCAUAUUUGAGUUCUGGUGGAGAAAUAGCGUCUUUAAUGUUUUUGAAUUGGCUUGGUAUAGAGGUGGAGUUAUCAUGCAUGACAUACCACAGGAAUAUACCUGUAAAUCCGCGUAUAUGUGUUAACAUGACCCAUCUAGAGUCCAUUUUGAAUUACAAAUUCAAGGACCCAUCUUUAGUUGUUGAAGCGUUGACACAUGGUUCUUACAUGUUACCUGAAAUUCCUCGUUGCUAUCAACGCUUGGAAUUUCUGGGAGAUUCGGUGUUGGAUCAUCUCAUUACCCUACACUUCUACUCAAAAUAUCCUAAGAUGACCCCUGGCUUGUUGACAGAUCUCAGAUCAGCAUCAGUUAAUAACGAGUGUUACGCUCUAUCUGCUAUCCGUGCUGGACUUCAUAAGCAUAUUCUCCAUGCGUCGCAAACACUAUACAAACAAAUGGAUGCUGUUGUUAAACAAUUUCAGAACUCGUCUUUGGAGUCGACAUUUGGAUGGGAAGCUGAGAUAAAUUAUCCCAAGGUGCUUGCUGAUGUUAUAGAAUCCUUAGCUGGCGCUAUUUUUGUUGAUUCUGGAUUCGACAAAGAGGCUGUAUUUAAAAGUAUAUCACCGCUUUUGGAGCCCCUCGUUACUCCAGAAACUAUAAAGCUGAACCCCAUUAGCAAGCUACAUCACAUAUGCCAGAAACACCAUUUUAAAAUGACAAAGAGAAAAACUUUUGAAAAUGGUGUGGCAUCUCUUACGCUCGAGGUUGAGGCAAAUGGAUUGAUUCACAAAGCAACACGCGCAAACAAAAAGAUGGCCAAGAAAUUGAUUUCCGAAGAUAUUCUGGAGUCAUUGAAAGCACAUAUCAAAGAUUUGUAAACUUUUUAUCUUGCGAUCCGACUCUGAGGAGGAUGCUAGUUUUGUUGAUGAUGAAAACAGUCAUUUAUUUCAAGUGUACAGAUUAUUACCGCGAUCAGAUCUUUGGCGAGCUUUCAAUAGGAAGGAACUAAGAGUAAACAAAUAGUUUGUGUUGGUCUCAUUCGAAAUGAAGUUGUGGCCAAUUAGUCGCUCCCUCCGUUCCUCAAUGUUUUUCUCAUUUGAAGAUGUAAGAUCAUUUUUGGUCCAAUUUGCAAAUACUAAGGAUCGGAGGAGUAUAGAUUAACAUUGGUACAUGGAUUUAACAAGAUAUAUUGUUCCAUAAUUAGCUAUGGAGUAAUCUAAACAUACAUUGCCUAUUCUA